AACGCCCGUCUUCUUCAACUACAUGUACGCGCCCGAGGACGGAGAGGUGCUGAGGCCGUACAGCAACAUCUCCAACCUGAAGGUGUGGGACUACUACAUCCAGGAGACCCUGUCCGAGGGCCCCUCCUACGACUGGGAGCUGGUGCAGGAGCAGCCGGAGCACGGGGACGAGGCGGAUCGGCAGGACUCCAGCGCCCCGCAGACCAAGCGCAAGAUCAUCUGGCCCUGCUACGACAACCGCAGCCGCGUGGAGCCCGACGCCAUCUCCAAGCUGCUGGAGGAGCUGCACAGCCUGGAGGCGGAGCUGGGCCAGGCGCCGGAGCGCUGGAAGGACAUGUGGGACAAGGUGAAAGCCUCCCAGCGCACAGAGGCCCGGCAGGAGGCCAGCAGGGGAGAGCUCUUUGUACAGUCUUAA